AUGUACAAUCCUAACGAGAGAGUGGUUCAGGUUGCUGUGAUCGGCGCUGGAGUUGCUGGGUUGAAAGCUGCUUCGACGUUAGUUAACAAGCUAGGAGAUGCUCAGGUAGUAGUUCUUGAAGCUCAGGAUCGUCUAGGAGGUCGUAUUUUGACAGAUACGACACUGUCAAAACUUGGCUUAAACUACGACCUCGGGGCUGCUUGGUUUCAUGAUUCGUUGACUAAUCCCGUGUUAAAGGAAGCUCUUGAAGAAGAAGACAAGUCUGUAUUUGAUUUCGAAAAGGAUGCAUAUUUUGAUGACAAAGAUACUCAAUUUUUCAGCUCGGACCACGACGGACCCAUUGAUGUCGCCAGCUUGAAAAUCAACCGAGUCAGCGAAGACUUGGAGAAGUUCAUUGAAUUGUACUUUGUUGAAUCUCUAGAAGUGCCUGAUUCGUCGUUGGAAGAAGUCAACUCAAAGUUCUUCGAAAAGUACGGCAAAUUUUUGACAGAUGAGCAAAGGCACUAUUGUCGCAAUAUUAUCAGACAUUACGAAUUAUGGUAUGGUAUCACCUGGGAUUUGAUUAGUGGUAAGCACGCCAUCAUGGAUCAUAACGGAAGAAACUUGUUGAACAAGAACGGCUAUAAAUUCCUUAUCGAGAAAUUGACAAGUAAUAUUCCGCUGCAGUCGGUUUAUACUGAACAACAGGUUGUAAGCAUCGAUAGAAAGAAUAAGGUUCACGACAAGAAGGUUCUCAUUCAAACAAAGCAAGGAUUGCGUAUCUAUUGUGACUAUAUAGUAGUAACUGUUCCACAGAGUGUUCUACAGCUUAAAUCUGCAUCUGAAUACGGCAUUACCUGGAAUCCACCAUUGCCAUCCAAUAUCACUUCUGCCUUGGAGAGUAUUCAUUUUGGGGCUCUAGGUAAGGUGAUAUUCGAAUUUGAUGAGGUAUGGUGGGAUCCAGAAGAAGAUAGAUUUGAUAUUUUGGCCGACAUUACACCUGGGUUCGUCGCCUCACAGGAAAUUAAACUGCCUCCAGUUCCGUUUUCAUAUCCAGCCUUCGUUGUUAAUUUUGCUUCCGUUCACAAGGAGAAAAACCUCCCUGGUGGAUCAUUGGUAGUUCUUACCCAGUCUCCAUUGACACAAUAUCUAGAAUCUUCUCCAGCUCUGGAAGCAUGGAAAUUCUACAAACCCAUGCUUGCAAAACUUGCCCUUCCAGGAAAGAAUAUCACGGAACCCAUCAAUAUCAUCAAGACUAACUGGACAAACAAUCCAUAUAUAAGAGGAUCUUAUGCUGCACUUCAUACUGAUGAUGACCCUUCGGAGUUGAUUAUACAGCUUUCAGGAGAAUUUGACGGCUGUGGUUUGAUUGAUAAGAAUAUCCGAUUUGCAGGUGAACAUACUAUUCUGGAUGGUGCUGGUUGUGUUCAUGGCGCAUAUAUGAGCGGUCUUCGUGAAGCAGACUGGAUCAUUAAUGACUUGAGCGACUCAAUCAGCAAUAUCUAG